CAAACUCUUUGAAAUUUCUCAGAAAUCUUCAACUUUCAAAUUAUCCUACCAAAGUUUUGACAAUGUCCAUAGUUGCAGAAGUGCCGAGUUUCCUUCAAGUCCUUUCCAGUGGUUUAGUAAAACGCUUUGAACCUGAAAUCUCCCCUGUCUCAAAUGAGUCAUCAUCCCAUGGAUACAAGUCCAAGGAUGUGAUGAUUGACUCAACCAAGUCAAUCUCUGGCAGAAUGUUUCUGCCUGAUACUCCAGGCUCCUCUAGCCACCUUCCUGUUCUAGUUUACUUCCAUGGUGGUGGCUUCUGCAUUGGCUCAACCACAUGGCUUGGGUACCAUACUUUCCUAGGGGACUUAGCAGUUGCCUCACAAACUAUAGUUCUUUCUGUGGACUACCGCCUUGCGCCUGAAAACAGGCUCCCUAUUGCUUAUGAUGAUUGUUAUAGUUCACUUGAGUGGCUAAGUAACCAAGUCAGCUCUGAACCAUGGCUUGAGAGAGCCGACCUCUCUCGUGUGUUUCUCUCAGGGGAUAGUGCUGGAGGGAACAUUGCUCACAAUGUUGCUGUCAAAGUAAUUCAGGAAAAAACUUAUGAUCAUGUAAAGAUUAGAGGAUUGUUGCCCGUACAUCCUUAUUUUGGGAGUGAGGAGAGGACUGAGAAGGAGAGGGAAGGUGAAGCAGCUGGAUAUGUUGCGAUGAACGACUUGUUAUGGAAACUAAGCUUGCCCCAAGGAUCAAACCGGGACUAUUCUGGGUGUAACUUUGAAAGGGCUGCAAUUUCCAGUGCUGAAUGGGGUCGUUUUCCAGCAGUGGUAGUAUAUGUGGCUGGUUUGGAUUUCUUGAAAGAAAGGGGAGUUAUGUAUGCAGGCUUUUUGGAGAAGAAAGGGGUGGAGGUGAAGCUGGUGGAAGCUGAAGAUCAGUCACAUGUGUAUCAUGUGUACCAUCCUCAAUCUGAGGCUGCCCAUCUUCUUCAAAAGCAAAUGAGUGAGUUCAUCCACAGCUUCUAGCAUCUUAGAUGGCCAUCACAGGCCCCUUCUUAUCAAUAAAACAUGUAUGCUUUCAGUGAAGAUCAGAAAAUAUAAAGCUGUACUCAUAUUUCUAAUAUAGCAAGUAAAAUUUAGGAAUUGGUGCAAAUAUUGUUCUUCUUAAAUUUCCCCACAGUCCAUUACUCAUUUUCUUGGUAUUUUAUUUGCCUUGACUAAAAUUUUCCCUCCCUUUCCAAAUCAACUGUCAUUUUCUUUUUUUUCAUAAAACUUCCCUUGCUUUCAUAACCAUCUUUCUCACUUUCUCUGUCUUGACUGAAAUUUUCCCUCUAGAUGAAUAUUAGACGAGAAGAAGUUGAUCACUGUUUCUCCCUAUUCCUAUCCACCAGCCACCAACUGACUUUUCUCAAUCAGCCUUUCCAACUUAGUUCUUUUAGGCAUACAUUAAUUAAACUUUCAUUUUUCCCGGCAUUUGUUCAUUUGGAGCCUAUUUGACCAUAUGAUUUAAAAACAUUUUUUAAAAAUUCUUAACUUUAUUUGGUUGUUGUUCUCUUAAAAUA